ACCGCUUAUAAAAUUUACCGAGCUUUUACACUCCAAGGGGAGAAACGAGGAGAACCACUCUACAUAUUAAGGAACGUAAAAGCACAAAACAAUAUUUAUACCUAUAGAGAGAUUUCACAAGAUGGAUACUUCUCUGGAGAACAAGCCAGUUAUUACAGCAUUUGCUUCUCAAUUUGAUGAAAUCGACAAGGCUUUGUUUGACUAUCGUUAUAGAAGGCAAACCCAGUUACAUCAGAGAGGGGCAGGCAUGGGCAUGAAUGCGAACGCUUAUACCUAUGAGAACAACAUGGGCAUGAACAAGUCCAAGAAUAAGUUCCCUGGUGGGCAGCGUCGUAAGAACAACAAUAACAACAGUAACGUGGGUGCUGGAUCCCACCGUCGUGUGCAAGCGGUUCCACAGCAACCAGUUUCGCCAGCGAUGGCACAACAGCAGCAGCAACAAGGUUAUGCUCUGAUGGGCCAGAAGCAUGUUGCGAACACUGCUGCUAUGCAACAAGGAGGUGCAUUUCAUCACCAGUACGUUACUGCUGGCUCGCCAGACUUGUUCCCGCCAGAGGGAGUUAUCACUCCAACGAUGAGUAACAACUCCAAUAAUAAUAAAUUUGAUGCGUUCUCUUUGAACUUAUCAUCCUCGAUCUCGUCUGGUUCAUCUUCAUUCUCAUCGUCGAACGGCGAGGUCGAUAAUAUAAUUGGUGGGUCUGGCUUUGCAAACACCAACCCUACAUUUGGAUCCAUUUGGGAUCCUAUCGUUUCACAACAGGAGAAACCUUCACAGCAUGCCAGAUAUGUUGGUUUCAACGAAACGACAAAUGCUACUAAUGCUACUAAUGUUGUUAAUGAACAGAAGUCCUUUGGAUCGAGAACCACGGGUGAAAAGACCAAUGGUUGGUUGAACAUUUGGGGAAAUGACAUGUCAGUUUGGGGUUGA